AUGAAAUGCCUAUUGUUAAAUCACAACUCCCAAGUUGAAAGAUAUUUUAUAAACCUAAAAUGUAUUGAAAAAACAAGCUUAUCUUGCAAUGAAUGCUAUUUAUCCAGUUUUUAUUGUAAUCAUCAAAAAGAUUAUAAUCUAAUUUCUGAUUUGCAUGAUUAUGUUGAAAAAAUAUCAACCUAAUGUGAAAGAGAACUAAUUAAGUUUCUAGGAGAUUUAGAAGAUUAAAUUUCAGGAUCGUUUUCUCAUUAAAAGAUAAAAUUAGAUCACAAUUUUAAAUAUCCUCACUCAGGUUGA